GGCAGCCUCCAGGCGGCCAAAGUCUCGGGCUUCCAGGUUUUUCUGUUUGCUUACUCCCUAUCUGGGGGCCCGAGGCGCUGUCUCCGCCACCCGAGUCCCGCGUAAACCUGGGUGACCUGGGAGACAUCGUUGGAGCGUGAGUCACUGACAUCAGGCGGCGGCGUGGGUUCGGAGAAACCCGGCGGCGGGGAGAUAAGCCUGCCCAGCAGGCAGGGGGAUGGGCUGGCCGCCCCGCCCCGCGCCUGACUUCGCUGGGGAGGGAGACGCCCGGCUCCCGCCCCUGACUGGCCCAGCCGCGCGGAGCGCCUGGGAGAGGAGAAGGAGCCGACCUGCCGAGAUGGAGGCGACCGGCACCUGGACGCUGCUGCUGGCCCUGGCGCUGCUCCUGCUGCUGACGCUGGCGCUGUCUGGGACCCGGGCUCGAGGCCACCUGCCCCCCGGGCCCACGCCGCUGCCGCUGCUGGGGAACCUCCUGCAGCUACGGCCCGGGGCGCUGUACUCGGGGCUCAUGCGGCUAAGUAAGAAGUACGGACCAGUGUUCACCGUCUACCUGGGACCCUGGCGGCCCGUGGUGGUCCUGGUUGGGCAGGAGGCUGUGCAGGAAGCCCUGGGAGGUCAGGCUGAGGAGUUCAGCGGCCGAGGAACCAUAGCGAUGCUGGAACGGACUUUUGACGGCCAUGGGGUUUUCUUCUCCAACGGGGAACGGUGGAGGCAGCUGAGGAAGUUUACCAUGCUUGCUCUGCGGGACCUGGGCAUGGGGAAGCGAGAAGGCGAGGAGCUGAUCCAGGCGGAGGCCAAGUGUCUGGUGGAGGCAUUCCAGGGGACAGAAGGACGCCCAUUCGAUCCCUCCCUGCUGCUGGCCCAGGCUACCUCCAACGUAGUCUGCUCCCUCCUCUUUGGCCUCCGCUUCUCCUAUGAGGAUAAGGAGUUCCAGGCCCUGGUCCAGGCAGCUGGUGGUACCCUGCUGGGAGUCAGCUCCCCAGGGGGUCAGACCUAUGAGAUGUUCUCCUGGUUCCUGUGGCCUCUGCCAGGCCCCCACAGGCAGCUCCUCCACCACGUGGGCACCUUGGCUACCUUCACAGUCCAGCAGGUGCAGCAGCACCAGGCGAACCUGGAUGCCUCGAGCCCCGCAAGUGACCUCGUUGAUGCCUUCCUGCUGAAGAUGGCACAGGAGGAACAAAACCCACACACAGAAUUCACCGAGAAGAACAUGCUGAUGACAGUCAUUUAUUUGCUGUUUGCUGGGACAAUGACAGUCAGCGCCACGGUCGGCUAUACCCUCCUGCUCCUCAUGAAAUACCCUCAUGUCCAAAAGCGGGUACGGGAGGAGCUGACUCGGGAGCUGGGGGCUGGCCAGGCACCAAGCCUAGGGGACCGCACCCGCCUCCCUUACACCGACGCAGUUCUGCACGAGGCGCAGCGGCUGCUGGCGCUGGUGCCCAUGGGAAUACCCCGCACCCUCACGCGAACUACCCGCUUCCGAGGGUACACCCUGCCCCAGGGCACAGAGGUCUACCCGCUCCUCGGCUCCAUCCUGCAUGACCCCAACAUCUUCAAACAGCCAGAGGAGUUCAACCCAGACCGUUUCCUGGAUGCAGACGGACGGUUCAGGAAGCAUGAGGCAUUCCUGCCCUUCUCCUUAGGAAAGCGUGUCUGCCUUGGAGAGGGCCUGGCAAAGGCAGAGCUCUUCCUCUUCUUCACAUCCAUCCUGCAAGCCUUCUCCCUGGAGAGCCCGUGCCCACCGGGCACCCUGAGCCUCAAGCCCACCAUCAGUGGCCUUUUCAACGUCCCCCCAGCCUUCCAGCUGCAAGUCCAUCCCGCCGACCUUGACCCUACUGCAUAGACCAGAUGAAGGAAGGCGACUUAGAGGUGGUGGGUGCCCGGGAUGGUGCCUACAGCCUCGACUUUCCUUGUGAAUGGGAGGAUGGAGACAACCCUCCAGCAGGGACAGGGUUACGUCUCCAGAGUCAACACUGCCGGCAGCCACAUUUACACACCUGCAGCUGUUUUCCAGAGACUGUCCCACACCCACUCACUCACUUGGCUGGUGCUGCUAAGAUGCACAACCACACACCCAUACACAACUACAAGGGCUAUAAGGCAGCUGCUGCGUUAGCUUUCCAUGGGCAUAAAUACAGUCCAUCCACAAUCACAAGCGCGUAGCCGGGUAACCCACUGACUCAGACACCGUGCAACUCCCCUGGAUCUGCAGCCCAUAUGUGGGAGGCCGGCUGUCACCUUCACGAGCCACAGAAACCAGCCACACGUGUCCACAGCUCACACGCCCUCUCCAUUCACCAGACUUCUCAGUCUGUCCCUGUCUCUGGUGCUGGCACACCUUCCUGGGUCGCGUCCCUUCCCGGGUCAUGCCACAGAGAGACCAUCACUGUCUACCGGCCCAACACGUGCUCCCUCUCUUAGCUGCGCCAUGCUCCCAGCCUGUGACCACUGAUGUCCACACACCCCCAACCACUGGUCCACACAGCUACCCACAUAUGACAUUGUCCUAGCUCCCCAGAGUAUCUUAGCGACAAGAGACACACCCCUUCCACCAAGGCACGGUCCCUAUCCACCUCCGAAACUGCAGCCUUCAGUCACCCCUCUUUUUUUUUUUGAGACAGAGUCUCACUCUGUUGCCCAAACU